GGUGGAAGCCUGAAACCCUGAACCACACACACACACACACACACACACACACACACACACACAGCACUCCUGUAGACGGACUAAAGGACGAGACAAAGCGGAAAACAACUGAGAAACUAAACAUAAAGGAAGGAAACACGAGAGAAACGAAAGGAACAAGAGAGGAAGGAGGAAAAGGUGCUGUGUGUUGUGUUGAAGCAAAACCACCAAGGAAACCAGGAACAAUCCUGACAGCUUGAUCAGUUCUGAAGCUGAAAUCAAACAUGGCGCCUAAGAAGAAGGCUGUCCGUCAGAGGAAACCUGCUACAGACGCCAUCAUGGACCCCAGCUCCCUGCCGGUGAAGGUGGAGAGCCGGGGCGACGGCGUGGUGGUGGUGGAGGCGGCGGUGAAGAAGAUCGAGCAGAUCGCGGCGCUGGACAUCGCUCAGCUCAACAGCCUCAACCUGCCGCUGCCGCCGCCCGUCAUCAAACCCGGGGAGCGCGGGCUCGGCCUGGGCAGCGAGCUCACACGGCCUCUCCAUGGCAACGCUCUGCUGGACGAGCUCAGCAAGAUGCGGCAGGAGAAGUUUCUGACCGAUCUGGAGUUGGCCUGUAAGACUAAAGCCUUUGACGUCCAUAAGCUGGUCAUCUCCUCGGUCAGCCAGUAUUUCAGGGAGAUUCUGGCCAAAGACCCUGGAAUGAAGCGCCUGGAGCUCCCCUCCCUGUCACCGCUGGGUCUCGCCAACGUCAUCACCUUUGCCUACAUGGGCCGUGUCCACAUGUCCCUCUACACCAUUGGAUGCACCGUCUCUGCCGCCGCCACCCUGCAGAUCCCGCAGCUCCUGAAGAUGUGCGUGGACUUCCUGCUGGCUGAGCUCAACGUGCAAACCUGCGUCUACAUCUGGAACAUCGCCGCAGCCUACGGACUGCUGCCCGUCUGCACCGCCGCCCGCCGCUUCGUCCUGGAAAACUUUGUCCAGUUCGCCGAAACGCCGUUGUUCAUGCAGCUGACCCUGGAGCAGAUCUCCGCCUUCCUGCAGGACGACUCCCUGGUCCUGCCAUCAGAGGUCACGGCUUUCCAGCUCGCCAAUAAGUGGCUGGACUUCGACGCUUCCCGUCAGCCUCACGCUGCUGAGCUUCUGUCCCAAGUCCGUUUCGAGACGAUUCCAGCCAGCGAGCUGGUGAGCCAGAUCCAGCCCGUCCCCCGAAUGAUGCUGGACCCCCAGUGUCACCGCCUGCUGGUUGACGCCAUGAACUACCAUCUGCUGCCCCACCAGCAGAACACUCUGCAGUCCCGGCGUACUCAGGUCCGAGGGGCCCAGCAGACUCUGCUCACCAUCGGAGGACGUCCGUCACUCACUGAGAGGGCUCUUAGCCGAGAGGUGCUGUGGAGGGACCCUCGUGAAGGAGGAGCCACCUGGCGCCACCUGACCCAGCUUCCGGCUAAGAGCUUUAACCAGUGUGUGGCCGUCAUGGAUGGCUUCCUGUACGUGGCCGGAGGAGAGGACCAGAACGACGCUCGCAACCAGGCCAAGCAUGCCGUCAGCACGCUCAGCAGGUACGACCCUCGCUUCAACACCUGGCUGCACCUGGCCAGCAUGCGUCAGCGCCGCACCCACUUCUCCCUGUCUGCCAGCGGCGGCCGCCUGUUCGCCAUUGGCGGUCGCAACGUUGAGGGUCUUCUGGCCACCACUGAGAGCUACCUGCCGGCCUCCAACACCUGGCAGAUGAAAGCCCCCAUGGAGGUGCCCCGCUGCUGCCACUCCAGUGCCACUCUGCCCUCCGGAGACAUCCUGGUGACCGGCGGCUACAUCAGCUGCGCCUACUCCCGGUCAGUGGCCCGCUACCGCAUGGAGAGCGACACCUGGACCGAGCAGGCUCCCAUGGAGACGCCCCGUGGCUGGCACUGCUCCGCCACCCUCGGAGGGAGGGUUUAUGUUGUAGGUGGAAGCCAGCUGGGGCCCGGAGGAGAGCGGGUGGAUGUCCUGUCAGUGGAGGUGUUCUCCCCAGAGAGCGGGGCGUGGGGUCGGGUCGCCUCUCUCCCACUGGGCGUGAGCACCGCCGGCCUCUCCCCACUGGGAGACGAGCUGUACCUGCUGGGCGGCUGGAACGAGGCGGAGAAGCGCUACAAGGCGGCUGUGCAGAAGUACGAUCCGGCUACCGACAGCUGGUCCAAAGCCGAAGACCUCCCGGAGCCCACCGUGGGCGUGUCCUGCUGCAGCCUGACCCUGCCACCCCGCAAUGCGACGCGCCGGCAGCAACACCGCAACACGCCGGGCCACGAAGACCCGCAGCAGGCCGCCAAGAACCGGAGCAGGGAGAGUAGCAUGGCCCCUGCCAAGGCGUAGCGCGACCCGGAGGCAAACCAUGAUCAUGUCCGAGGACUUUUCUGUCUGCAAACAUUUCACACCUGAAUAAUAGCUUUUCUAAAACCUGCAAAAGGAAGGAAGUUCUAAACCUGGAGCACAAAAAAUAUUCUAUAUGUAUCAAUAUGGGGAGCAGAGAAAACCAGAAGAGUUUCUCCUUUUCUUCUGAUUAAAGUGGAGCUAAUUUAUCUGUGCUGAUGAGCAGAAAACAAGAGGAAGCUGCAGGUGGAGGCUAGUUUAGAGAGAAAGCUGGAAGGGAAAAGAGUGGAGCAGGUGGAUGAGCAGGAAAGAUGGAGCAGAAUGAAGGAGUGAACCUGUUAAUUUACUUAAUGUGAUGUAAUGUGGAGAAUCAGACAUAAAAAGUGAUAAAUCAGAUCGUCUUAAUGAGAGAAAUGUAAAACACGCUCUUAAAGCUAAUGAAAAAUAAAUCAAUAAAAAGUUUAAAUUUUUACUGCAACUAUGACUGAACCAGUGAGACUCCAGUCCUUCGGUCUGUGGAGUAAACCACUGUAAAAACAAAAUGCUGAUGUAACUCAUUUGAUCAAAACUCUGGAUUGUUUUGGUGGAGAUUCACUGAAUAAAGACAAUCUGGUCCAGACA